AUGGUGGAAUCUCUUGAUUCCCGUUACCGCGGCAAGUGCCUCUCUAUCCAAUUUACUAUAAUUCUGUUCAGGUGCCGAGAGCAUCCUGGAAUAAUAGGCAAUUGGAGCUUCAGCCCCAUUAGGCAAUACAUGGCCCAGGACAGCCCCGAUGCCAAAAGCAGAACUGAGGAUGUUGUCAAAGUAGGGGAUGACGCCCUCCAGUCCCUGGAGCAGCCGCUCCAUAAGACAUUGAAAGAUUCACAGGGCAACACUGACUCUGAGCUGGAGGCGAUUGCACUUAAAGGCCCCCCGGUGUAUCAGCACAUCCUUGCUUUGGUGUUUACUGUCAAGGAGAUCAAUAGGAACCCUGAGCUCUUACCAAACAUCACACUGGGUUUUCACAUUGUGAACAAUUACUUCCCUGCGAAGAUAACCUAUAAGGCAACCUUGAGCUUACUUUCUACACAGCAGAAGUUUGUCCCCAACUUUACCUGUGAUUUAAAGAAAACAUUUAUUGCUGCUAUUGGAGGACGUUUGACAGAGAACUCAUUCAUCAUGGCCACAGUUCUUGCCAAUUACAAGAUUCCACAGCUUGCCUAUGGAACAUUUUCUUCAGUACAUGGAGACAAAAAUGUAUUUCCAUUCUUGUACCAGAUGGUCCCAAAUGAAAUGCAUCAAUACACUGGGAUUAUUCAAUUACUUAAGCAUUUUGGAUGGAAUUGGAUUGGAAUCUUGGCUGUGGAUGAUGACUAUGGGGACAUGUUUUUGCAGAAAAUUGAACCGUUGCUUUCCCAAAAUGGUAUCUGUUAUGCUUUCAUACUUAAAACACCACAGAAGGCAUAUGUAGAUGAAUAUAUACACUUGAUUGCAAUGGAGUUAAGAUAUGAUCAACUCUUUAUGGAUGAUAAAGUCAAAGUGUGUUUAAUCUAUGCCCUGCCUCCAUCCAUGGAAAAUCUGAGAAUUAUGAUCUUUGUAGCAUCUUGGACUUCACUGCCAUCUUUGGGUAAAGUGUGGAUUAUUACAGCCCAUUGGAAUUUUGAAUCACUGUCCAUUCAGAAACUUUGGGAUAUACAGAGUUUCCAUGGUGCUCUGUCAUUUGCAGUUCGCUCAAAAGAGCCCCCUGGAUUCCAAGAAUUUCUUCACACUGUAAGGCCAUCUUGGGUAAAAGAAGACAAUUUCAUUCAGAAUUUUUGGGAGCAGGCAUUUGACUGCCCAUUACACAAAUCCAGUAUAAAUGAAAAUAACAACCUAUUAUGCACCGGGGAUGAGAAUUUAGAGAAUCUGCCAAGUAUAUUAUUUGAAAUGAGAAUGGGUGGUCAGAGUUACAACAUUUAUAAUGCAGUGUUUGUUAUGGUACAUUCUUUGCAUGCAUUACUCAAGUCCAGAUCCAGGUGUAGAAAUGCAAUAGGAACAGAACAAUUAAUAUUUCAGAAUUUAAAACCAUGGCAGGAGAGUUCAGCUUGA